AUGCUCGCGGGCGAGAGGCGGACGACGGUGGUCGUGGGUUCGAAGGCCUUGUCACCGAUCUCGGCGGUGGUUGGCACGGUGACGUUGGUGAGGGAGGAGCAGCGGUGGAAGGCGCCAUCUUCGAUGGAGAGGAGGCCGGCGGGGAGGGUGACGGAGGUGAGGGAGUCGCAGCAGGAGAAUGCGCUGCUGCCGAUGCAGAGUGUCGACGGCCCGGUCGAGGUCACCCCGGGCGAGAACGGUGGCAUUGGGCUCGGGGGGGCGUGGCCCUCCCUGUGGAAGGUCGUGAUGGUCCGGUUGCCACUGCGACUGGCCUUCCCCUGGUGA